CGGAAUUAUUAUUGACGCGCAGAUAACGAUAAGUUUCAUUUUGGCAGCUCAAUAAGCAAAAUAAAACUUCGUCGACCACUCCUAAUAUCGGUAACGGAAUAUUGACUAAAUUGUGAAAAAUAAAAUAAUAUGCACAAUACCCCAAGUACCUAAUCACACAAAUCCGUGUGCCAAUGCAUCAUAUUAAGUAGGCACCUCUACAUACAUUUAAUUGUUGAAAUUACCGUUCAUAUCAUAAUUUAAAAUAACCCAAACGUAGAUGUUACAACAGAUUUAAAAUCCUAAUCAAAAUGUUUUUUGUAAAUUGUAGCACAAAAGUAUAAUUAUUGUAUUCGGAAGACAUUUCUCAAUUAAUUAAUCGGUAUAUUAGAUUUUAAAUAUUUAAAAUCGUUAUGAUAUCGUAUCAUUUCUUCAUAAUAUUUUUCGUAAUUUUUGAAGUGGAUAACGUGAAUUGAUAUAAUUUCUAAAAUAGCAUUUUUCUUUUAAUGUUAUUUGUGUACCGAAUUAAUACCUAAUUAUUACCUAUUUCUACCCACAUAUAAUGAUUCAGAUAUCAUUACUGUCCUGCAAAAGACCUUAAAUAAUUGACAAAAACAACAUAUAUCUUAAUAUCUACUUGAGUAUUUAUUUUAAAUUGUGUAUAGGUAGGUACGCGGUAUAAUUUUUUGAAAAUGGUUACUUUUUUUUUUUUCAUACCGUUAGUUUUGAAUGAUUUUCACAUUGUUAAUAGGCACUUUGAGUAUUACCGAGUAAACUUAUAAAAUAUAAUAUGUCAUUUGUUUUUUUUCUAUACGUACGCAUUAGUUUUCAAAUAAAUUUAUUUUUAAAUUUUACCAAGAAAUGACUAAUGGAUAAUGAAAAUAAAAAUAGUAAACAAUUUAUGUAUUUCUCUGGUUAAAAUCAAAUUAUUCGUAGCAUUUAAGAUAAUAAUAGUAUGCUAGUUUACUGAUUGAAUAAGUAUUUUUAUAUAAUAAUACAUCAUCAUUUUAUUAUGUUAUUAUGUUAUUAUUUUGUUAUGUUAUUAUUAUUUAAUAAAUUUAGAAAUCCAUGUUUAGGUUCAUUAUCACUGUAUAUAAUGUACUAUCAAGAAAGUGUGUUUUAUUUAAGAAUUUAGAUAGUUGGGUACUUCAAGUUGGGUACUUGGAAAUAUCCUUCAAGAUAUAAUUACUGCAAUAACAGAUAAAAGUUUACACCCAAAUCAUUAGUAAUUUAUGAUUACUACUCAUCUAUAAUUGACUAUUAUUAAUCUGAUUAUUUUUGUUGUGUGCUAAUAAUACAAUUAAACGGUAAUUAACUCGAAAAUAUUAAUCGUUUACAAAAAUAGUUAUUCUUUUACUCUCUGAGUAACUGAUUAAUUAUAAUUGAAAAAUAUAGUUGUUAUAGGUAUACCUAACCAAUCGAGAAACUGAAAGGACUUUAAAUCCUUUUUUUUAGACAGUACAUUCACAAUAGACAACUAUGUGUUAUUAUGAUUACAAAUACCCAUAUUAAUUUAAAGUAAAUGUGUCGAACAAAUCAUGAAAAAUGGAAACGAUUAGAUUCUGAGUAGAGCGAAACGCUUAUAGUUUUACAAAGAUUUUUAUUUUUUUAUCUGUGCGCAACAUUUCUACUUUAAGACUUUCUUCGAUUUUUACGUGUAGCAACUUUUCUGAAAGUAAAUCGGUGUGGGGAAGUACCUUAAAGAGGUUAUUUUUCGAUAUUCUCAAGGGUUUUCUCACCAAAUGCGAAAACCCGAAAAAAAAAAACUGGAAAAUACAAGACAUGUAGGUAUUAGUUAAAAUAUAUUACGGCCUUCUUUUUUUCUGUGCACAAUUUUUCAAUCAGCAAUUUUGCCCCAAAUUUUAAUACUGAAAUGAAAAUGUGAAAAACCAGGAUAAAACAUGGGGAAACCUGGGAAAAUUGGUACAACAUUAAACAAAUUUUAUUAAAGAAAAUACAUAAAGCCUUUUUAAUUAAUUUACUACAAAAUGAUAUAUAUUAUUGACAAAGCAUCACUAUCAAUUGAACUUCGCUCCGAAUCGUUUUUUCGUAAGCAAUGGAUUAUUUUUGCUUACACAUAUACAUUAAAUUCCCGUCUAUAUCCUACCUUCUCAACUUCCCACCUACAUCAGUGGAUACACCUGUCUCCAUUAUCUUAACUUUUUUAAGUUUUGAAUACUUUUUGAGAGCUAGUUUUAUGAAGGAUGAUAUAGGUAUUAUAUAUUAUUAUCUAAUCUAUAUUAUGAUAAGUCAUACAAAAUAUCAAUCGACUAUGAUCAAGGGUUUUUUCCUAUAAAAAGUUUUAAUUUUUUUUUUGUACCUAUUUUGAUAUAUUCAAACCAAAACAUUCAAAAAUAUAUUCAUUGAAGUGUGCGGGCUAUUUUUAUUAUUAUUUAUGAUUGGGCAAGCAUUCCGAAUUAGAAUGAUAUAAUUCAUUUAAUUUGACAUUUUGGAAAUUUUUUUAAGGUUUAAAAAAAAAGACUCGCACAACAAAACCUAUCUAGUGUAAUUAUUUGGCAAUUGUCCAAAACUAUUCUCAUGACAUGAAUAAUUUUAUACCUAUUCGUAUAAUUCUAUUAUCCACGUAUACAUUUUAAAAGCCUAUUUUAUUGUACCCAUUAAAUUAUUGAAUUUUAAUACGAAUACAGUUUAACUGUAUUUUAAUUUUAUAACAUGUAUAUUUUAUUUACGUGUUAACUUGUCGAGUUGUUUAAACAAAAUCGAUUUUUCGUUAGUUAAAUAGGUAGGUACAAUUUGAUUUUAGUUUACCAACCUAUACAGGGCGUCUCACGUAAAUAUACCCAUUGCAAUAUUUCCUAUGGUCAUAAAGAUAAUUUAUUUGAUUUUUUUAUUUUAUUUCUUGCAGGGAUAAGGGCCACAAAUAUUUAUAUUUUAAUUAAUUUUUUAUAUUUCGGAAAAAAAAAUUAAUGUUUUCAAGAAAUUUGAAGAUAGCCAUAUAUAUAUAUAUAUAUACAAAAAAUUAUAAAAUCUUUAAAUUUUUCGAAAAUAAUUAAAUAAACAAUUAUUUUUUUAUUAGUCUUUUUACUAAAACAUAAAAAUUUAAUUAAAAUAUAAAUAUUUGUAGUCUUUGUCCUUGCGGGUAAUAUGAAACAAAAAAAACUAAAUUUGAUUAUCUUUAUUAUCUCGGGAGAUAAUGCAAUUGGUCUAUUUUCAUGAGGCACUCUGUAUACUGAACAUUAAUUAUGUUACUAAUUAAUAUUAUAUACAAAACGUGAAAUCGAGUGGUUGGACGUAAUAUUAUAUUGCACAUAUUUUUGUAUGGCCAAUGACCAUGUACUCUAUGUUUUACAAACACAAUUAAAAAUAUAAAUAAAUAAUAAAAAACAUUUUUAGGCGAGUUUUCAGGAUUGUAAAUUUUUAUAUUUAUUUGGAAAGAAAUGAGUGGACAUUGUUGAAUAACACGGAUGUAUUAUUCAAAUAUAUUAUGUUCGGUAUUCAUUUCAAAUGACAAAAUAUUAUUCAAAUACGCACGUUCUAAGUGAGAUAAGAAUUAUUCUUGUAAUAUUAUGUUGUUUAUGUUAGUAUAAUAGGUAUCUAAUUAUAGUUUGCUGGGAAUUUUAAUUUUAAAUAAUUAAAUAUCUAUGUUUAAUUUGAAAGUUAAAAUUAGACUUAUUUAAAAAAAAUAUAUAUUUAUCCGUAAUAUUUAAUAAUACAUAUUUGCAGUUAAGUGAUAAAAUGAAAAAAAAAUUGCAUAAUAUGAUAAUUAUCUGAUAGGUACCUGACAAACUAUGAUAAUAUGUGCAUACAAACGGCAAACUAAAAUAAAAAGAAAGUGUAAUAUUAAUUAUUAACAAUCCGUUUUUCCAAAAAUUAAAAGAAUGAGGUACAAUUUAUUAAAUUUGUGAUUGACCUAAAUAUCGGAAGUGGAAAUUAAAAACUAUUUCAUACAAGAAAUCGUUUGACAAUAUUUAUUUUUAUCAAUGUUAAAUAAUAAUAUUUUAAUAUUUUAAAUACGUUGAAUUCAAAAUAAUACGAAAUAAACGAAUAAAAUGUUGUGGACUUAAAUCUGAUUUUGAAUGAUCAAUCCAUGAAUGCUUUUUUAUCACGUUUCAUUUUUAUCUUAGAUUCUGAGAAAAGCAAGGAAUGUAUUGGUUUUACAACCAUUUUUAUUUUAUUUAUCUGUAAAUAACUUGCCUACCAAAGAUUUUGCUCCGGUUUUCAAAUGUAGCUCCUUUCUGAAAUAAAAAUGAAUAUGUUAUAUGGGUGGUACUUUAAGGUGGUUAUUUUCUAAUUUUAUAAGCGGUUUUCAUAAAUAUUGGGAAAAAUGUGUUAACUCGGGAAAUUUACGAAAUGUAUUAUUUUAAAUUUUGUUUUUUGUUGCGAUUCAGUUGAAAAUAUUUGUAGAGAUUUUAAAUUUGGCUGAAAGAAUUUAUAUUUGUCUUUUCUAGACUUAGUAGAAUUUUCAAAUUAUUUUAUCCAAUAUUUAGCUACAUAUUUAUAGACUUUUUAAUUUUGUGAAUUUCUUACGUAAUUUUUAUUAAGUGAGUACCUACUCUGUGAAUAAAAUUGUUAGACCAAACAGAAAUUCUUGAAAAUUUAACGGGUUAUAGGUCGUUCUUUGUGGUAAAACAAAGUUGAGUGUAAUGUCGAAUUUGUUUUUAUAAGAGUUUAAAUAUCAAAUUUUUACUAAAAUUGUAAAUUUUACGGCUUUUCAAAACUUGUAGAACUGAACUCCGCUCAGAAUAAUUGUCCGUUAUCAAUGAUUAAUCGUUGCAUUUAGAUAUACAUUAAAUUCCCCUCUGUAUCCUACCUUUUCAACUUCUCACGUUUAACAGUGGACCACCCAUCGUGCGAAGUAUGUCUUUCUUUUUAUAUUAUUUCUAUUUAUCCGCAGUCGGGUUUUUUUGAUAUUUUUUUUUCAAAUUAAUUUUUAACCCGCCUUUUUAGUGUAUUUUCAUAUUUGAAACUCUUAUACAUAUACAUAACACAUUAUGUAACCUAAAAUUUACCCUCUUUGAGGGCAAGUGGUGGAAAAGUUAUUAUUUAUUUUUAAAAUAAUUCGCAUGUUAUUGGUUAUUUGCUACAUAUUAUAAUGUUUUUUUUUUUUUAUGCCAACAGUAUUACAAUCUAUACAAUAAUUGUAUAUGUAUACUACACAUAUACAUCGUAAUGAAUUCUAUUCAGUUGUCUGGCUUUCGUUCGACAGAAACUACAAUAGGAUUUUACCCAUAAAAAUAUGUAAACUGUUAAGACAGGACAACACGAAAAUAUUACAUUGAUUAAUAUUAAUUAUUAAAUAACUGCUUAAUUUAAUUUGUUUGUCUUUGUGGUAUACAAUAAGAUUAUUGGUAAUAUUUUAAAUCAAAAUAAAUAGGUAUACCAUUAUACCUAUAUCUGUAUUUAUCAGAGCAUUUAUACAUGUUUAUGAUAUCGUUUAGUACCUAUAAAUUUUUAAAAUCUAUUUUAUUUAGUUUGAUAUUAUCGCAUUAAAUAUAGGGUGUUUCUUUUUUCGUGAUCCAGCAAUUUUCUCGGAGGAUUUGAUUUUUAUUUUUUUGCAACCAUUAUGGAAUUGUUUAGGGUUUAUUUUAAUAAUGUCAAAUGCAAAUUAUUUCAAAUUUUUACUCCCUACUCCGUAUACAUUAAACGAGUAAUUUAAUAUAUGUUGGAUUUUCAAAUAAAAAUCUCCCCUUAUUAGUUUUAUUAGUUAUUUAGUAAUAUGGAUUCGAAUAGAUAAUAUUUUUCACAACAGUAUUUUUUACAUUAGUUUAUUUAAACAUUAGACCGGAAGAGUAGGGAAGUCUCCGAAAAGAUUAUAUUAAAAAUAGAUUUGAUGUUUAUUACUCUUCCCUACUCAUUCGGUCUAAUUUUUAAACUAAUAGAACUCAUAAAUAUUAGCUAUAUUCGAUAUUAAUGUUUUAGUAUAGCAACAAUUUUUGAAAAAUAGUCAACUAUAGAAUCUGUGUUUUAAAGUGAUGGUUAGGGUAAACAAUUUAAACGAUUCCAUAAUUAUUAGAAAAAAAUUAGAAAUUAAGUUCACCUAAAAUCCUCAGAGAAAUGUAUUGGAUCAUGAUAAAAUAAAUAAUAAUCACCUAGUAUUAAUGUUAGACCUGUGUUAAAUAGUAUGUAUAAGUUUGUUUAGUUAUGAGUACGGAAUUAUUAGACUGUGAAUAUUACAUAUACUACUUAUUGAUAACUUGUGGUGUGGCAUCUAUUUACCUGAUUAAUGAAAUAAAAAUAAAAUAUCGCUUACAGAAAUCGAUUCCAAACCGAGAAGUUCCUUUACAUUUCUGGUAGAAAGUUGUUUUAAAGAAAACAUAAAGCAAAAACAAUUAGUAAAACCAAAAGUAAAAAGUUAGAACACUCAUUCAAUUAUAUUCCAAACAAUUGUGUCAAGGAAACAUUUUUCCCCCUUGCAAUUAUUACGUAUCCAUGAUAACGUGAAUAUUUAAAAAAAUAAAAUAAAAUCGAAACUCGCAUAUCUAUAUCAAAUACCUAUAUACCCGUAUGAAAUAAAUGUAUAAUACCUAUUUAGUACCUACACUAAUGUAAUCCAGUAAUCCCUAUUUGAUCAAUAUCCGAAAAAUGUAACAAUUACACAGAUGGUUAGUGUGUAGAAUGACAACAAUGCAGUAUAGACGGAUUCUGUUUACAACUUUUUUUUUUCAUUUCGCUUGUUUAUCCUUUCUUUUUUUUUUUUUUUUUUAAUUUAUCCAAGUUUCUCUUUACCUAUCGAACAGUUUCGCGCAUUAGGUACCUGUAUCGUAGUCAACAUCGUAUCGUAUCUCCUUAUUGUAAACCGCCUAAACAAGACGAAUGCGUGUAUGUACUCAGAGAAACCUCACCAUAUCUAUGUUUGUCAGUGGUUAUGGACUCGCGACGACGACGAGACAAAACACAACAAGUGUAUCUAGGCCACGGCAUUUGGACGCAUGUGCGGACCUCUCUACCCGCACUCGGUACCUCGUCGUUUUAUUUUUCACGUGCGCGCGCGCACGCCGACCCUUUUUCCGCCGUCCGACGGCACACGGAAAAUCUCACACAGCCGAUCGGCGCAUUUUCCAAUGUGCCGCACAACGGAUAAUCUAGUGACUCGCUCGUUAAAACGUUUCGCGCAAACGUCUAGGGACUGAUGGGGUUUUUUUUUUUUUCUAAAUUUAUUUCAUCGGUUUUUUCCGCGUGCGAGUGUGACUUGUGAAAUCGCCGUUUUUCCAUAAAUCCAAGUGUCGUCGAUCGUUCGUAAUACUUUUUACGGAACAAAAGUGCAAUUGACCGACAGUGAUUUGUUAUUCUCGGAGAUGUUGUAUUUCUGUGUGUAGGCCGCUUAUCACAUGACCCAUAUCGUCGUUCGGUUGAUAAUCAUUUAGCUGCCGGGUGGUUUCUACGGCCUUACCAAUCCAAAGAUGAUGGUGUCAUACGAUCAACACGGGUGUAACGACCCAAUUGUCGUUCGGUGUAACAUUAUUGUGAUCGUUGUGGCCCGGCGAAAAAAAUACGCACCGGAGUGAUUUUACAACAUUCCGCCGAAAAUAAUAAUAGUAAUAUUUUACAACGUAUAUUAUUAUAUACAGUCCGUGCAUAGUGUCCGCGCACAAUGUUUCCCUGUUUUUGGAAUUUCUGGUCAUGGUGAGUGUUUAAAAUAAUAUCGUAAUAAUAAUAAUACCUAUACAUGUAUAUAUUGUGUGUAUGGAAUGUAUGUAGUCGUGCACACUCUUGAACGCACCAUCACACGGCGAAUCGAUUGUGACUUGUACAUUACUGUUAUUAUUAUUAUUAUUAUCAUCAUAUUUUUUUUAAAAAUAUGUACGAAAAUAAAUAAUAACACACCACACUAGUUGUGGAAAACAGGCGUACCGUUGUUUUAUGUGUGCGUAUAAUAAUGUGUCAAACACGCAUGAAUGGGCGCCGUGGUGUCGUAAAAUACUUGAAAUGCAAAUGCGACGAACCUACGCUAUGCGUUCUAAAUGCCUACAUAAUCGAUAUCGUACUUAUUUGGCCGACAACUGGUUGAUGACAAUUAACAAUGUGCGUUUUAUAGGCAAAUGAUUCACGAUUAUGCAAUAGUUUUUUUUUUUUUUUUUGCACGAUUUCGACUAAUAUCAUUUUCACCCGUCCCGAUCAAUUGACGAUUUACUUAUUAUUUUUGGUAACCUGUCCUAUUCAAAAUUUCUGGCACGCCAAUAAGUUUUUAACGGUUCUAAUUAAUAUUGUAAGAUGAGACAUAAAAAUAAGAACAAAUUUAGUUUAAUCUGCAGACGUUAUUAUAAUAUUAUUUUAACACUUGUAUUUUUUUUUUUUUUUUGUAAUAUUAAUCACAGGAAUAAAUACUAAAGAUAUUUAUAUGCCACUCAUGUUUUUAGGUUUCAGUAAAAAAAUAACUUUAUUUUAUUAUUUUUGAAAAAUUUGAAAAUGCUUUUUUAUAGAGUUAAUUAUUAUUUUGAAAAUUUUGAGGUAUCAAUUUUUUGUUUUCAUUAAAUUCAUGAUUUUUAGUAGUUUUUUUGGAAGUUCCAAGAAGAAAUUAUACUGAUAAUUAUGCAGCAGGCUGUAAUCCCAUUCAUUAAUUGAUUAUUAUUAUUAUGGCUAAUAGACUACAUUUUUUUCUCUGAAUUUUAAAAAUUUAUUAUAAAUCGGAAUCAAAUGAAAAUAAAAAGUUGAACCGUCAACAUUUUCAGAAUAAUAAACUCUAUAAAUUGGCUAUUGUUAAUGAUUUCGAAAAUAAUAACAUAAAUACUAUUUUUUUUUAGUUUUUUUCGAAAACAUAAUUUAAUUCAAAUAUAAAUAUUUGUAGUCUUUAUUCUGUGAGUAUGUAUAUAUACAAAAAAAAAAAAAAAAACCAGAAUUUAAUUGCCUUUAUUGUCUCAGGAGAUAUUGUAAUGGGUAAUCUUCAUGGGACACCCUGUGUUCUAUUGAAAAUUAUACUAAAAUAAUUAUUUAUUAACUAAGAUUUGUUUACAUAGUUACCUACAACUUUGUCUAUCGAUAAACGCAAGAUUAGUAAAAAAUUCAAUUUCAAAACUCUUUUCUCAAUAAAGUUAAUUUUUAUAAUAAUUUAUGUGUUGGAAGGAGUAAUAUAUAACGUUUAGAAAUAAAAUGCCUGUAAAACUAACGCCUAUAUUAUUGAUUAUUUUCAAAAAUAAUUUAACUUUAAAUAUGUAGGUUAUUAAUGUCAAAAAUAUACGUACCUAAAUAUACAUUUUUUUUUAAAGGUAUUUUACUUUAAAUGCGUGCAAGUAUACAAGUAACAGUACAUGUGUAAAAUUAUAGUCGAGCUGGGAUAAAACCGCCCCUAGUCUUUGACUAGAGGGUUGUUAUGAAGGGGGCUUAGUAUACACCCUUGUUUGUAAUCAACGAAGCCUAAUAUUUUUAUAGCCAACUUACACUACUGUAAUAUCGCAUGCAAGACAAUCUAGCGAAACUACUGUUAAUAUUGUUAUGCGGUUAUAUUAAUAUAUUACGAUUGGUAACCCCUGCUGGUUUUGUCUUCUAAUUAUUGUGGUUAAAUGAUUUCAUCGAGGAUUUUGUGUAUUUCAGACAUAUAAAAAAUUAAUGAAACAAAUUAUUAUAGUUAUACUUUUCCAAAAUUAAUAGUUUUGUAACUAUUUUUACAUUACCUAGUUUCAAAUAUUUAAGUUAUUGUUUUAUAAAUAUAUACCCAGAAAUGUAUAAGUAAAUCGUUGUUUAGUUUUAUGUUAAAAACAAUAUAAAUUUUAUUUGUGUGAUGCAAUUAUUAUAGACAUCAUUUAUUUAAAAGUAAAAAAUAUACAAAUUUUCAAAAUUUUAAGUACAAAUAUUAUUAUAUACCUAGGUAUACGGAUUGUAUGUAUCUAUAAUCUAUCUAGUAUAUAGUAUAUACUACCUAAUUUGCCGUCUAUUUCGAAUUUAAAAGGAGCGCUCCUCCUUUAAAAGGAGGAGUGAUUUAUCAAAAAUAUUACGAAUGUUCGCAUUAUAUAUAUUUAUUAUUGAUUAUUCCUUGAAAAUGUAGUGUUUUACAUAGGUAUAGUAACAUAUGUAUGUCUGCAUUUUUUAGGGAGAUGAGAGGAGGUUUUAAAGCUACUUUUUUAUGUACAUUAAAUAUUUUAAAUCUCAACAAACUCCUAAUAUCUUUGAAGGUGCCUCUACACCAACAUUUGUUUUCUCUGUGUAUCUAUCAUCGACUUAGAAUCAGAGGAAUGUAUCAACCAAAUGCAACUUUUUUAGGAGCGGUAAAAGACAAUUUUUUAAAAACUUUAGUAAAAUGGUUAUUUAAAAACAAAUGGACGUAUUCGUAUGAUGGGAGGGCCACUGUUGUAGGUGAGAAAUUGGCAGAGGGGAAAUUUAAUGUAUAUCUGUAUGCGGCGGUUAACCUUAACUAACGAAAAACGAUUGUGGAUGUAUAAGUGGAUCACUUAUACAUAUUUUGAAAGCCCGUAAUAUUUACGAUUUGAAAAUAAUACAUUUUGUAAAUUGUCCAGUUUUUCUUAUGUUUUUUCUCCGGUUUUACCCAUUUAUUAUGAAAACCCUCAAGGAAGUCCAAAAAUAACCUUACUAAAGUACCACGCAGAUAAUAUUUCCUCCAGAAAAAGUACUACACUACAAAAAAUUGUUUACAGAUAAAAAAAAAAACGUCAUUGUAAAACUAAUAUAUUCGUCGCUCCGCUAAGGAUCUGAAGAGUAACACAAAAUUGCAUAAAAUUGGUGAAUAUUGAAGAAUAAAAAUCUGGUUGAUCUUGAUACGUUCUUAUGGUUCUAUGCCUACUAUAUUAUAACAAGGGUAUUCCACACUUCCACAAUUUCAAAUCUUUAAUUGGGUUUAUGGAAAGAGGACCUUUAUAUAUUUUUUAAACAAUAGUAUUUACUGUUUCUUGACUUAAUGAUUUUUAAAAUUUGUUUUAUUUUUUACCAAGUCGUUGGUGUUUUAAUUUAUCUUAAUAUUUCUUAAUUUUAAUGAUUUAUUAAACUUAUUAAGAAAUAAAAAUAUUAAAAGAACAUCAUUCGGUUAAAAUACCCUAAUAAUCUAACUUAAUAUUAUAAAUAUAAAAAAGUUUAGAUGAAUGGAUGGAUGUUUAUUACAUCUUUAUGCUACAGCUAUUCUAAAGGGGAGCCGACACAGGGUUGUUGAUAUUUUUAGUACAAAAAUUAAAUUUUUUUUUUUGAUUUAUGGAUUACCGUAGUGAAAUAAUAAAUGUUUAAACAAACCAAAAGAACAUAAAUUGUCUUUUUUGCUAUGUUACGCGCGAUACAGACUGAGAAAACAAAUAUUGGUGUAGCUAUAGAGGCCACUUAACGGGAGUAACACUAUAACUAGGGCUUGGAAGUUAUAGAAGUUGCAUAUUUUUCUGGAUACACUGAAUUUAUAGCAGACCAAGCUAGAUAUACUUUCUUUACGAUGAAGAGUUUAAAAUUUGAGCAUUUAAAUUGCAUAUUUUGCAUAUUUCGUUAAUUUUAGAGAAAAGUCCAUAUUUCGUCGAUUUUCAUUGAUUUUCGGAUAUUUUUAUGCAUAUUUAAUUUUUUUUAAAUAAUAUUAAAUUUAAAACUCAAUAUUAUUUAACGUAGUUAUUUAUUGUUAUUUCUUACUGUCUCAGUCUAUUAUGAUUAUUAAUUUAACAACAAUGGCGUGAUUCGUAUUUAAUAUUUAUCUUUUUUGUGCAUAUUAAUAAAUAUAAUAAUAUAAUAAUGACAUGAUAUGGUUUCGAAUAAUAAUUGAAUAUUUCUUGCAUAUUUAUUAAAUUUUAACAUUUUUUCAUGCAUAUUUUAGAAUUUUUUCGUGCAUAUUUGCAUACAUAUUUUGCCUUUUUUGUCUUUUAACUUCCGAGCCCUAAUUAUAAAAAUAUGUACUAAAUUAUAAAUUAAAUUAAAUGUUUAAUAAUACGAUUUGUGAAAAUUAAAUGAAACUGAAUAAUAUAAUUGGAUAUUAUAUAAGUAUUAUUUUAUCACCUAUAUAGUUUAUGUAAACCUUAUAUAUUAGGUAUUGUAUAAUGUCUAAUAAAAUAAGUUAAUAUCUUUUAUUUUGUAAUGCGAAUUAAUAAUAGGUAAGAUAUUAUAAUAUAUAUAUAUAUGUAUAUACAGUAGAAGUCGUUUAUUAGAAACACGGAUAAUUGAUAUAAUCGCGUUAUUAAAACAAAAUGUAUAGUAACAAAAUAGUCGUAUAUUAAAACCAAUCGGUUAAUUGACAUGUUUCACCUCGGAACCGAAGUAUUCUUAAUAAGCGGCUUUUACUUUAUAUAUUUAUAUAUAUUAUAAAUAUCGAUAAAUAUAAUAAAAACAUACUUACGUAGACUACACCGAAUUCGCUUAGUUUUGGUUUUAGAAUAAAAGUACCUUUUAUGCAAUUAAUAGAUAACAAUAUGUCAGAGGGCAAGACGUUAAAUUUUUUUGAAAACAAUUUUUUUCAAAAGUUUUAGUAAAUUAAAAAAUGUUGAAAAAGUUGUUAUUUGUAAAUGGUGAAUUGAAUGUUAAUAUUCGUUGGAAAUAGAAAAAACCCAACGUCUUAUCCUCCGGAAUAUUAUUCUCUUUUAAAAUCUAUAAUAUGUGUUUUAUUCUAAAACCAAAAUUAAGAAAGUUCUGUUUAGUCUGCGUAAGCGUGUUUUAAUUAUAUUGUGCGUUUGUAAAACGGAAACAAUAAAUGCAUGUGAACCUGUGUAGCGUCCUUUUCAUUUAAUUUAUCUUACUAUCAUUGUCGAGGUCAACCCUUGGGGUACUUCCCAGUUGGUAUAUUAAUCGGGGCAUUUCGGAGUAUAUUUCCUUCAACUCGCCAAGCAUAACCCUCCCACUCUAGGCGCUUGGCUUUCAGGAAAUAUUAAUAUAUUUAGACUUAUUAAAUAUAGCUUCCAAGUCCAAUACCUCAAUUAGUAGUAUUUAUUUAAUUCAUUUUUCAUCAAUUCAAAAGCCGGUAUUUUCAGCACCUUGCUUUUAUUAAAGGAAAAUAAUAUUAUAUAGGGUUGAAACCUAAAAAUGUUAACAAAUAAUUUUAUUGAAAAAUAUUUACCUAAAUAUACAUAAUCCUACAUAUUUUAUUUAUAAGGGUUUUUUUUAUUGUCUUUUAAUAUCUUACAUGAGUGGUCUAGUUCUUUUUUGUAUAAUUUAUUUAUUGUUUUAGGUACUAUAGUAAAUGAAAUAUUUAAUUAAACUAAACUUGUGAUCAUUAAAUUUUAGGGUAGAACCAGCAUCAACAUCGGCAAGUUCCACUGUUGUAACAAUGGCCACCUUAAAAAAGGUAAAGUAAUUGUAAUUAAAAAUAUUAUGUUAAUGAAUUAAUUUCUGAUGGAUAAAAUUCCAUAAUAAUUAUUAAUUAUUAAAAACUCUAGUGGAUAGUGAAAACUCUUUAUAAUGAAUCUUAAGGGACUAAGAGAUUUCUUUCUUUAUAAAGAAUUUUCGCAAUAGAGAAGGUUAAAGAACUAAUGCAUGGGUAAUAAAGCAAACCAAGUAACUUUUACAUUACAUAGAGUUUUUUGUUAAAACAAGUUUUUACUGUACUUUUAUAAAUAGUUAUAGGAAGGCCGAUUUAUGUGUCAAAUAUUUAUUUAAAUAUAUAAUCUUCUAUACUUUACAACAGAAAGUUUUAAUCUAAAUAUUUAGUAUAAAUAAAAUAACUAAACAAAAUAAUGUUAGUAUCUGAAUGGAAUAAGUGAUAGUAAUGCAUGUUCAUAAAUAAUGUAAAGGAAAAGAUGACCUUGUACCUUCAGAAAACGUGACCACCUGUUAUGAUGGUUAUUAAAAAAACAUCAUGACUUGUACACUCUUUUUUCUUGUUUAAAAAAAUCUUAAGAUAUUGUAACGAUUCAUUGAACCGUAAUUUUUAUGUAGGUACUAUAAGGUUUGGUCCAUUGAAUUACACGGACAACAUAAUAUUAUAGUUAAAUAUAUUUUUUAUGGUCUUUUUUCAAAUGUUUUUAAUAUUUUUAUGUUUAACUAUCCAUUUUGAUUUAUUUAUGUGAACAUUAAAAUAAAAUUGCCUAGCUGUACCAGUGGCACAACCAAGGUGGGGUUCCUAAGGGCUGACCUCUCCCUGCUAUAUAUAUAUUUAUACAGAGUGUGUUACAUUGUAAUCAUGAUGCUAAUAAUUCUGUAAAUAUUCUUAUCUGAUCAAUAGUUUCUAGUAGUAGCAGUUUUAAUUUCUAGAAAAUCGGGGUGAAAACAAUUAACUUGCCAAAACUCUCAGUAAUGGCAAAAUAGUAAUUGUUUAGAAAACGACCUUAAAGUUUUUAAAAAUUUGAUUUUUGGUCUCAACCCUACAAAAUCAAAAUGAUUAUUUUGAAAAUUUUUAAAUGAUAAAAAUAAAGUUUUAAGAUUUGUUUUCAAUAAUUUAGGGAUGAAAAUACUAAUUUCAUUUUUCUUUACUUAUGUGUCCUUGCUUUUAACCAGAUUAAAAAAAAAAAAUGAAUAUUGACAGAAUUAUUAGUUUAUAGUAUAAACUAAUAAUUCUGUCAAUUAGUAUAAACUUUAUACUAAUAAUAACACUGUAGGACACAUCAUAUUACGACUUUUAGAUUGACAAACCUAGUAGUGACUCACCUCAUUUGAGUAAGACCAAAGUAUUCAUAAAUUUCUAUUUUUCACAGUAAAUAGAUCCCAAACUUAUUUAUUUUAUUGUUAUUUAAAUGUAAUAUUAAAAAAAAAAAACCUAUGGUACCUACUUACUCUGAAAAUUAGAAAUGUGUGGAAGUUACAGUUUUGCCCAAAUGAGAUUGGAUUUUUAGUAUAAUCGACAGUAGUGGAAGAACCAUGUUCCUAAGGAACUACUUCAUGGGUGCCAUUGUUUAAUGUUCGUAAUAGUGCUGUGUACAAUAGUAACAACAAUGCAUUCUUUUCUUGAAGGGAGGUGUGAGCUAGUAUUAUGAAAAUAAAUAAUUAAUUUAAAUUGAAUGUGUUAAAAUUUAAUUAGUUUUAUGCUAAUAACUAUGCAAUUUUUAUAAAAAUUUAAGUUCUUUGAAAUAUUUGUGAUAUCAUUUCGGAUUUAAGAUAAUAUUAAAAGUUUUUAUAUUUAAAUUUUGUUUUAAACAAAUUUAACAAACCUUUAAUUUUUGUAACCAAUUAACGCAAAUUAAUUGUUAAAAUUGUAAUAUUUUAGAAUUCUGUUGUUGUCACUCAACCUAUGAGAAAAGCUAUGAUUGGAUCUAGUCCCCUAAAAUCACCUUUUAUCAAAAGGCCACCAUUUGCUUCUGUUACCUUACAAGGUUGGCUUUACAAACAAGGAAGCGAAGGAUUGAUGUUAUGGAAAAAACGGUGGUUUGUUUUAUCUGAAUACUGCCUUUUUUAUUAUAAGAGUAAGUGUUGUAAAAAUAUUGCUUUUACAAAGAUGUUUAUGCAAAUUAUUAUUGGUUUUAUCCAUCUAGAUGAUGAAGAGGAAAAGCUUCUAGGUUCUAUAUUAUUACCAUCUUAUAAAGUAGCACCGUGUUGUCCUUCAGAAGAUAAAGUUUAUAGAAAAUUUAGUUUUAAAGCUGAACAUGACAACAUGAGAACAUAUUAUUUUGCAGCAGAUAACAGAGAACUUAUGGUUCAAUGGAUGAAUGCUUUGAGUUUAGCAUCUAUUCUUCAACAAAAUAAUGGGUAAUAUUUGUAAUUAUAAUAAAAAAUGUAUGUGUUUUGAUUUAAAAAUAACAUAUUUUUUUAACAGGUAUAAUGAACGGAAUAAUAUAAAACGUUCACAGUAUAUUAAUCAGUUAGAUGAUAUGGAUUCUGGUUUUCUAAGUUCAUCUUUCUAUUCAACACCUAGGUCAUAUUACAAUAAUGAUAUAACUUACAAAGCUCAAAACAAUCAAAUUGCUCAACCUCUUUAUGCUAACGCACCUCCAAAGCCUAGACGUGUCACUGAACCCCAUGAAGAUCAUCCUCAAAUUGCUCAACCCCAAUAUAAGCCAUUAGCACUAGUCCAAAAUUUAAACAGGUCUCAAUUAAAUAAUUCUGAACGUCGAACACCUGAUACAUAUGGACGCCAUGAUGUUAAGUAUUCUAAUCACAGUGAGUAUGAAGAAGUUAUUGAUGAAUAUGUACCAACCCCAGUGAAAUAUAGAGAGAAGACAUAUUCUUACAGACCUCUUAGCGCUGACUUUUUAGAGUAUGAUGUUAGACGUGUUUAUCAGACACCAACCCCAAGCACUAAUUCUUCUUAUAAAUCUCCCGAAUAUUACAAUACAGUAAAACAUAGCAAAAGACCAAAAUCUAGUUUAGAUUUUGUUGAUAAUUCAGAUAGUUACUGGUCAGAAAAUGCCUAUGCUGAAAAAAUGAGAAAAGCAUCUCAAAGUUUAAGUAAAGAAACAAAUUUAAAUCGCACAACUGCUUUAUCAUUGAGACAACUUGGAAUUUAUUUAAAUGAUAUUAAAGCUGAACCAGUAGAUGGAUCUUCCACACAAAUGAAAAGUCAUCGUAACUAUAUUAAAGAUCAAGAAAAAAGAUGGAGCGACUAUGUUAAUUCUUUUAAUAGAUCAGCCAGUGCUAGAGUUACUAGAAAUACAGAAAAACGUAAUUACGAACAGAAUGAACAUAAAAGAAGUACCAGUUUACAAAGAAGAAAUAGCAUUGACUCUAGAGAUAAAGAAAGAAAAUCACAACAAGUGAGUAGAAGUUUUAAUAUUUUUUUGUUUAGUUAAUGUAUCUUUUCUUUAUAGAGAGAAGAGUCCAUGAAACGACUUUUAGAUUGGAAACAACGUAUGCUUCAAUCAACUCUAACUCGUAAGUCUUCAGGGUCUUCCAACCGUGGUUCGGCACAAAAUGAACUAUCCAAAUAUUACAAAAAAAUAACUGAUAACCGACUGUCUAUUCAAAAUGAAGAAAGAAAUAUUGUAAAUUGUACUAAUAAUUUCUACAACAGCAAGUAUAAUAAUGACAGUUUUAGUUAUUCUAAAAAUGACUUGACAAUUGAAAAUGAUUUCAACUAUUCAGAUGAUGAAGGUAAGAAUAAUAUUUAUGUAUUAUUUGAAUUUUGCUUAUUUUUAAUAUAAAAUAAGUUAAGUAACUAAAUUUUAGAGUAACUUUUUUCAUGGUUAUAUUCUUCUUAUUCUGUCAACUAACUUUAAAGUAGUAAUAUUUUAACACAAUAUUUACAAAUGGAUGAUCUCCUUUAAGGAUUUAUCCGAAGCGCUAACUGCAUGUGCAAGAAUAUUUUACAAUGGAUUAUUUAAAAAUGUUGGACAAUUCUUUAUCCUAGAAGUAAAAGACAGAGAAAGUCAAGUAGACAUUCCAGUAUCAGCAUCCAAAAAUUUCAAUGAAAUCACUCCAGAUUCAAAAUAUACCAACACAAUAAAUUUUUAUACAAAACCAGCUGUCAAACAACAUCUUUCUGAUGAGACUGCUAGUUCAACAAAUUCAUAUUUUAAAGAUGAUAUACUAUUAGUAGAUAGUAGACAUUCAGAUAGCGGAUAUGAUACUUUACAAAUGGGUAGUGUUCUAUCUAAAGAUCCUGACAUAGAUCGCUUAUUGAAAUUUGAUUUUAGUAAGAAAUCCAAGGGUGCUAAAAGCAUACAAAAUCUUAUUAAAACAUUUGAGUUAAAAGAUAUGAAAGAUCCUCUUCAACUAUCUUCAUAUAGGUCUAAUGAAGCACAAAUUUCAUCAUUAAAAAAAGAAGACAUAAGGUAUUCAACUGCUCAAAAUCCUCAAUCUAUAAGAGAUUUAUUAGCAAAUUUUGAAACAAAAACUGAGCGUUGUGUUUUUAGUGAUACAGAAACUCUUUUGUAUGAAACAUCAAGUGAUACAGAACCUAUUAUACCAAGUACAAAUACCAAGUGCACUGAAGUAAUUUCCACAGAUGAAGACGAUCCAGAAGUUGUAGAUGUGUUAGGACAGAAGACGGAUCCAAAUGAUGAACAGUAUUAUUUGCCUAUGACACCAUCUAAAAAGUCUGCAUUGGAAGAAGAUAUUUCAAAAUCUAAGUUAGUGAUUGUAGAUACUGAGGAUCAAGAAAAUUAUGUUGAAAUGACACAAAAUUCUAAACCUUUACUCGCACCAUCCCCAAAAAUUGAUAAAAAAUCACAUUAUGAAUAUAUAGCGUAUAAAACAAAUUCCAAUUAUGAACCUGUUUAUACUGAGGUAAAAACUAAAACUCUACCCGAUAUCCUUAAAUCAUCAACUAAUGUAAAUAAUAGUUCAAUAAAAUCUGAUAGUUCAGAUGCUGAUGAUGAAGCUUCAAAGGAUUUAGAUUCACUUGAUACACCUUGUCAUCCUAGAUUUAGUUUAUCUGACACUUUCAGACCAGCGUCUUAUUAUUUAGGGGCUGCAACCAACGAAGAUACACAUGAUUCUUCAGAUAGUGAUCUAGUUUCUCCACCUCCUAUGAAUUUUGAUAAAGAUAACCAACUUAAAUCAAUAAGGAAGAAAAUGGAAUCUCUAAUACAGUCUGCUUCUGAAUCGGAUUCAGAUUCUGUUAAAAAAGAAAAACAAACCGUCUUUAAUGGAGAUUUAGAUUCAAUUGGCAGUAGAAAUGGCAUGUAUGAAUUAGAUAUAAAUUUAGAUGAAUAUCUAAAUCAACAAACUAUAGACGAAUGUGAUAGGUUCUAUGAAAAUUAUUGUAAAAGUUUAGAGAGCAGACGUUUAGAAAAUUCUGAACCUGCACCUGGGGCUCCAUAUUAUUAUUCAGAUAUUUCAAGUGGAAAUUUGAAGUCAUUAACUCCAGAACCACAGGGUGCAGAAGGAUUUACAUUGCGUCACCGAAGUCGUUCUUUUGAAGGGGUGCUUGAUGAUAGUGUUUAUUGUAAUUUAGAACCUAGAAAAUGCACUUCUCCCAAAGAAGCAAUAUCUCGAUUAUUACGUACUGCAGAAAUGAAGUCACCAAGAGCAACUGAAUUGGCAAUUGUCAAUUUACCAUUGAGGUCAAGGUCUUUAGAUAAUUUAGAUGCUGAACCAGAAAAAAAAAACGGUCGUCAAAGUGCAGAUAUUUUGAACAGCAAAAGAAAUGAAGCAAUGUAUGUUAAUGAGGCAGUAUUUGACCGCCAUAAAGAAUAUAAAGAUGAUUAUCGUUCAGUAAAGAAAGGCAGAUGUAAGAGUGGAUCUCAGUCUUUUUUAGAGGAAGGCCUAUACCCGAUGACCCGGCCACCAUCAAUGGAACAACUGGACAGGGAGAAGCUAAGGCAGUGGGACCUCAUGUCCACUGUCCCUGCCGUGAUGUUGGGUGCAACGCGCGCGUUCAGUCGUACUUCAGAGAAACAAGUGACAUUGAUGCCUGCCGAAUCAAACACAAGGCCGCCAUCGCUAAGUCGCCGUUCGGACGAAACACCAGCAAGCUCGCCAGGUUAUUACAAAAUAAAAAAAAUUAUUUUACUUCUUAUAUAAAAUUUGUUUUUAAAUGAAUAGUUAAGAAAAUAUAGGUAAAUACAAUAAUUAUUAUAAAUAAUAAAGUUAUACUAUUAUUUAGACUGUAAAUGUGUAAAUUUUAGUAAUAAUAAUUAUUUAUAUACAACAUAAGUGUUUCAAAAAUUAAAAAAAUAAAUAAUACUUAUUUAUAAUUGUAACAUAAUAUGUGAAAUUAAAUAAUAACAGUAUCAUACGUGUUUUAUAGUGUCCGGUUGCGGAUCAGCGAUUGGACAAGGUCCAAUUCAUCGAGAAUAUCAAGAAAUCAAUAAAAUGAUUAAUGAAACAAUGGGCAGUAAAAAUAUUUAUUCAAGCAAUAGAAAUAUUAGGGUAAGAUAAAGAUAUUUUAAUAAUUGAUAAUUAAUUAUUGUUAGUUGCAUGAUAUUAUUUUAGUUUCACAAUUUGUAUUUAUUUGUAUUUUAUUUUGUUACAUUAUACACGUGUAUUUAAAUCAUUAGAAUAGCCAAUGGAACUUGACAGUUUCUGCCGGUGAGCUACUAGGCCAAACGCAUGAAGAAUUAGUUUUGCUAUUGAUUCAAUUAAGAAGACAAAGAGUUUCUAUUUGUAAAGCCAUGGAAAUGUGUCAUAACGAUAUUGAGACCCAGGUUGGUUUUGGUUAUUUUGAUAUGUAUUAAUCUGUCUUAUAACUUAUAAUUGAUUAAUUAAGAAUUGUAUAUGUACAUAUAAGCAUUUUACAUUUAUUAUAUACUUUAUAUAAUAGAAUAAAUCUUUUUAGUCAUGAGGGAGAUUCUCAACCAUAAAAUUUGCAAUAAUCACUUAAUAAUCUUAAUCUAUGUUUUAAUUAUCAAUUAUGACUAUUAUCGAACAUUUUGAUAUUUUAUUAAUGGACAACAAAUCUAAUUAUAAGUAAAUAAUUUAUAACUUUAUUUCAUAAUAAUUUGGAAUUUAAGUUUUUAUUUUUGUUUACAUAAUAAUUAUAGUAUUCAUUUUUUUUAUUAUAUAGUUUGUUAACUUUAAUACCUAGUAAUUACUGCCGAGAUUCACAAAUGAUUUCCCAUCAAUUAUCCUAUUCUGAUUUUAUGUAAGAGAUUUCAAGUGGUAUAUUACCAGAAUAAUAAAUAGUUAAAUAAUCAUUUAUUAUAGUUAUUUUGAAAUAUAGGCUUUUUACAUUUUAAAAAUGUAGUUAAUGAUGUUGACAAAAAUAAUAUCAUUUGGUGUAUAUAUUUUAAUGUUCAGUACUCUUCUUAUUUUAUUUAUCACUGAUAAAUUAUACAUUUUUUCCUUAUAAAUAGAGCCUGGAAUUAAAUGUUAAAAAACAAAUAAAAUGAAUGAAAAAUGCUCAAAAAUUUAAAGUACUUUAAAAAUGAAAAUUUUAAUUUGUUACAUGAAUCAAAUUAAUUAAUGGUCAGUGUUUUAGAUUGCCAUUCAAAAUGAACUUUGUAAUGAAUUUUUGGUUUUAUUUAUAAAUAUUAAAAUUUAACCAUUAAUUAUAAUCUAUAUGAUUAAACUGUUUUAUUGUUUGUAGAUUUGAAUAACCUAAUCAAAAUUAAUUCAUUUUAGACAGGUAUCUCAUAACAUAGCUAUAUAUAUAUAUAUAUAUAUAUAUAUAUAUACAUACAAGUAUAUAUUAGGGUUAUUUAGGAAAUAAUCAGUGUUACAAUAAUCAUUGCAUAGUAUUUUUCAUAAAAUAAAAAUUGAAACAAGUAUACGAAAAAAAUUUUUUUCAUGAACCUUUAAGCUUAUGUCACCACGUGUAACUAUGUUCUUUCUAGGUAAAACUUUAUACAAACACUAUUUUAUAGAUUUAUUGGAACAAAUUUCUACCCUACAUUCCUCGAAAAUAAAACUUCAAAAAUAAGUGGCAUUAUAUUGUAAAUUACUUAAAUAUAAGCUGCUAUUUGAAAAUCAAAAGUAGGUAGUUGUUUCACCUAUAAAAAUAAGAGGGAGGGGAAUGAUAAUGUAGAUUUUUUGAACUAUUUGUUUCGUAAGUUUCACCAAAAAAAAUUCUGAAAAAAGUAAGUACUUUCAGAAAUAUUGCAUUGUGUUUGUCUUCAUGGAACACGCUGUGUAUAUACUCGUAUGAAUAAAUCUUUUAUCUUUCAUUUGCUCACAAUAAUCUAUUUAUAAAUAGAAACUACAGGUUUUGAAACAAUCUUUGAAAAUUCAAUUACGAAUUUAAUUAAAAAUAAUAAAAAAAGAAGCGAAAUGAUUUCAUAAUCGUCUAGCAUUACAUAUUAACAAUCUAAUAAUAAAUUUAGUCUCUAUUUCAAUACCUGAUAAUCCUCUAAGAUGUAUAAAGUGUAAGUGGUGUCAAAAUUUGUUACAAAAGUAAUAAAAAAAGUCUUCAAUUUUUCAUUUAAUUUAGUCAUUUUCUUUUGUACUUUGAACCUAUAUAUUUAUUGUGCUAUUUAUUUACUAUAGAUUGUAUAUUUCUUAUACAAAUAUAAUAAAUAAUAAAUAGAUUAUGAUAUAAAUUGAUUUAUUAGAUUUCCAACUUUAUUAUAAAUAUUGUUAUUGUUAUUGCUUGGACAUUUUUUUUACAAAUUAUAUGCCGCUUUGUUGCUACACUUUAAACAUUUAUUUUAAGUGAAUUAGUAAAUAAUUAUGUUACCUAUAAAUUUGCAUGAAAAUUGUAUGCUUGAUUUAUAAAUUAAAUAUUUUGCUUUUUCUUUUCCCUGGACUUCAUACUAAUUAUUUGGAGUCAGCCAUUAUUGUGCUAAACUUCCAGGUAACCAGAUUUUUCACCUUUCAUACACCAGUUAUCCCCAUAUCAUUCAAAUCCUAUCUAAUAACCACCAUUUUUCUGUCUUCUUCGGUUUUUAUUUAUUUAAUUUUUAACUUGUUAAUUACAAAAUACAGUAGAACAUUCAUUAUACAAACCCUCUAUUAUCCCAAUGUUAUUAAUAUGUUAAGGUAUACUGAUUUUAUCAUUUUUGUCACACAUUUGUAUUAUUACAUUACCUGCUGUUAUGCAUAUAAUGCUGCGUGUUUAUUUAAACAACAUAUCUAUGUGCAGGUAGCAUAUCAAUACAUACUGUAUUAUUUUUGUACAGAAUAUCAAAGUCCAUUAUUUUACAUUUUAUCUAAUUUUUGAAGCGUUUUGCUGCGAGUUUUAAAAUUUUUAAAAAAUUUGCAGUAUCCAAAUAAGAUAUGGUCCCAAUUAGUUCGGAUAAUCGAUGUUCUACUGUUCAGGAUAGUAAAAUUUUGUAAAAUCUGUAUACAGGAAGUCCCACAAAGAUAUACAUAUUGUAAUAUUUCUGGAGGUAAUAAAGUAAUCAAAUUCUAUUUUUUCUUUAUUUUUUAAAUUAUUCACAAGGACAAGAACUACAAAUAUUUAUAUUUCAAUUAAUUUUUAUGUUUUGUAAAAAAAACUUCAUUUUUGAAAAAUUUGAAAAUAGGUAUUUUAUAGAGUUAAUUAAUUCUUCUGAAAAUGUUGACUUAUCAAACUUUUUAUUUUCAUUAAAUUUAUGAUUUUUAAUAAUUUUAUAAAGUUCAGAGAAAAGUACCUGCAAUUAUGCAGAAGGCUAUAAUAGCAUUCGCUAAUUGAUUAUUAUUAUGGUUAUUAAUUGGCUGUACCUACACUUUUUUUCUCUGAAUUUUAUAAAAUUAUUAAAAAUCACAAAUUAUAAAUAAAAUAAAAUGUUAAUACGUUAACAUUUUUAAACAAGUUUUUACCAAAAUGAAAAAUUAAUUGAAAUAUAAAUAUUUAGUCUUUAAUCCCUGUGAGUAGUAUAUGAAAAAAAAAAAAAUGAAUUUAAAACCUAACCUAAUCUAUCUUUAUUAUCCCCGGAGAUAUUACAGUGGGUAUGUCUUCAUGGGACACUGUGUAUAUAUAUAUAUUUAAACAUAAUAUGACAUAAAUUAAACACUAAAUAAUACAAUUUUGUGUAUUUAUUUAUUAUUUAAAACUGAUUUGUCAUCCCUGUUUCAAAAAAAAAAAAAAUUACUCGACACAUAAAUAGUUUUUUAUUUUAGUAAAAUAAAAUGAUCAGUUAAUGUUUAUGUUUUUGUAUUUAGCUUUAAUAGAGACUAAUUUUUUAUAAUUUAUAAAAUAAUUUUAGACAAGAUUGACUGAACUAGAUAACCCAACAAAAGUAGAACACUUACAAAGAUUGGAUGAAUUAAAAAAACAUUUAUUGGAACUUGAAAAACAAGUAAUAUAAAUAAACCUUGCUGUACUAAAAAAUAAAUAAUAACCAAAUUGUAUAUAUUUUAUUAGUAUGAAAAAGGAAAACCUUUAGUUAACCUUGUUGAUAAUAUGGUGAAAUUGGGUUCAUUGUAUCAAGCUGGUUCUGCACUUGAAAAUCCAGAUGGUCUUUCAACACCAACCAUAUUAAAAGAGCGUCUUGAAUUUAAUGAUAAAGUGCAAGAAAAACGCCUUCUUGCAGAAGAAAAUAAAGAAUGGCAACGCAUUAAACCAAAUGUUAAUGAUCUACAAGAAAAAGUCGAUAGAUUGUAUGAUUUAGAUCAAUUGAUGCAAGAAGAAUCUGGGAAUUUAUUGCACUUAAGAAAAGAUAAAGAAUUAUUAGAAAAAGCAUUAGGUGGCCUUAGGCAUAAAAUGCAAGGGAUACAUAGUCCAGCUGAAGAAGAACGUUAUAGGAGACAACAACAUGUGCUAGAGCGUGAAUUGAGUACAGUUAGAUCAGUUUUAGCUAACAACUCUAAGGUAAUUUUAUAAUAAUUAACUAAAUUAAAUCAUUUUUGUCAUAAAUAAUAUACAAAUUAUUUACAGAAAUUGGAAGAAACAGUAGCUGCAAAUGCAAGAUUAGAAACAGAACUGGUAGUUUUACGUCAAAAAUUACAAUCAUCUAGGCGUGUACCAGAUACAGGUUCAGGAGGUCCUACUGUAGCUGCAUUAGAAGCUGAACUUAGAAGAGUGCAACUGCUAGUUGGCGAUUUACAAAGGCAACGUGAAGAUUUAAGUGUACAGGUUCGACAGCUUACAGAAAAAUCGAAUACACUCUCUAUGCAAAUGAAUAGUGAUGAAAACGAAUUAAGGGGUAAAAAAAGAUCAGCUCAGGAUUCAUGGGUAGAAACUGAUUUAGAUGAUUCAAUCCAAGAAGAUAAAAAAUGUAAAUUUCAAUUAUUUACUGUUAAUUGAAUAGAUGUAAAUAUUUUAUUUUUUAUUUUAGUUUCCACUCCAAGAGAAAAACCACAAGAGAUAAAGACAGUAAGAAUUGUCAAACGGGAAUCAGAGAGACGACAGAGAGAUAGAGAUAAAUGUGGUGGUAAUAUUGGUCUCCCGUUAACAAAUGUUAGUGUUAAAUGUGUACCUGUUAUUGAAGAAAACGAUUAUAAAGUAAGAAAAAAUGUCAGUCAUAUACAUCGAUUUAACUGGCUCCACUUGAUAUUUUAAUAAGUAGACUUUUUUCUAAAAAAAAAUGUUUAACAAUUUAAGAAAAAAGUUGCUUUAGAAUGUUUAAAUUAAUAUUAUUUUUGGGGGUGAAAUAGCUACCUAAUUUAAAUUUUUAAAUGGCAACUUAUAUUAAAAAAUUCCAUAAGCAAUUAUUGUAGUAUUAGUUUAAAACAUUUGGUGUUCAAAUUUUUGAAUUCUAUCAACCUGUUGACGAGAUAUCUCACUUAUAAGUUUGGGUAAGGUAGAUCAGUGAAGCAUUAUUUGUAUGGUAUUAUGUGAUACAUAGCAUUUAAAUGAAUAACCCUGUAUAUAAUACACAGAAAUAUUUUAGUUUGUAUAAUAUACUUUAAAUAAUGAUUUAAUUAUUUUUAUUCCUUUUAGAAUGAAGAUAGUUAUGUUAAAAAAUUAUCAGCACAAGAACAAUUGUUUGGUACUAGUUCUGAAAAUAUGACUUAUGAUAUGUAUUCAAAUUUUGAUCUUGAAGACCAUUCAAUUCUUCCAAAAGAGGAUGCACCUUUAUCACCAGUGUAUCAAAGUGAAGCUGCAAGGCAAAUUGUACUAGAGUUAUCAAAAAAAGAUCAAAAUGAUUUUAAGCAGCAAAAUGAGUCAUUAACAAAGAGACUGGUACCAAGAGAAAAACGACGACACCACACAGUCACUAGUGUUCGGCCAUUUUCAAUAACUGAACCAUAUAAUGUAAGUUUAAAACAAAUGUUGGAAAAUAUUGUGUUUUAUUCUAAUGUGUUUAAUUAAUUUUUAUAGUCAUUUCUAUAGUUUUGGUUUUUGUAUUAACUAUAAAAUAUUAAGUUUUUUUAUCUUGUUUCUUAAGGUUAUAUAGGUACUUUUCUUAAAUCUAUAUAUAAGAGCGACUUUGUUCUAAAUAACUGACUGUCUAACAAAGAACCAACACACAGCCUAAAUCACUGGGAUUAGAAACUUAAAAUAUUAACAAUAGGUACCAUUUAUGCUAUAGAUAUCCACUAAGGAUUUUAAAAUUCUACUCUUUAAAGAUAGCUGAUACAUGGCUUUUGGUAUUUUCGGAACAAAAAUUAAACUAUUUGUUGAUUUAUAGGUUACCUUGAUGAUAUGGUUUAUCAUCCAUGGUUGUCACAGAUAAAAAAAAACAAUAAUAAACAUUCCUAUUAAUAAUACUUUUAUAUUUCAUUUAUUUUGUUUUUAUAGAAUAACAAGCAACAAAGGUUAAAUGUAAUAGGGGAGAUAACAGAGAAAUACAUUUUAAAAUAGCAAACAGAUAUACUUUGUACGAUGAGUUGGGGCUACUGUUGUAGGCAAGGAGUUGGGAAAGUAGACGGGAAAUUCAAUGUAUAUCUGCAUGCCAAGAUCAAUCAUUGCUAAGGAAAAAACAAUUCUUAGUAGAGUUAUAUACGCUUUGGUAGGCCGUAAUAUUUAUGAUUUAAAAAUAAUACAUUUCGUAAAUCUUCCCGUUUUUCUAAUUUAUUAUGAAAACAUUUGGAAAAAUAAACCUCGUUAAAGUAUCACUCCAGUUAGAUUUCUUUUCAGAAAAUGUGCUAUAUUUAAAAAUUUAAGCAAAAUUACUGCUAGAAAAGUUGUUAAAAAAAUAAAAAAUAAAUAAAUAUUGUAAAACCUUAGGAAUACAUUCCUUGCUCCGCACAGAAUCUAAAAAUAAAGAUUUUCCUUUUUAUUAUAAUAGGGCAAAGCUGUGCAGGACAGCUCAAUAUAGGAUAACAUUGUCUCCUGAUCUAUACAACAAUAGUGAUCCAGAUUAAAUAAAAACAAAACAUAAUAUGAACUUUAAGAAGAACAUAAAUUGAAUAUUUUUUAUUUUAUUUUUAUAUUUUUGUUCAAUACUUCAUGGAACAACUAUUAGUUAUAUAACAUAAUAUGUUUAAGCUUUCACAACCAGAAUACUACAUUUGUUUUGAAAUUGUUAGUACAGUGUGUGUUUGGAAACACUCAAUAACUCAGCACAUUAAAUAUAUUUAAAUUUUGUAUUUUUAGUUGCCUAACAAACUUUGAUUAUACUUAUUUAACUAUUUAUAUGACAUUUAAUUUUGCUCAUGCAUAUACCAAAUUUUUUUUUUGGUAAUUAUUUAUUAUUAUUUUUUUGUGAAUUUGAAUGGUCACACCGUAAUUCCUAUAUUAAAAAAUAACCAAGUUAUGCAUAUUUAAAUUUUUGAUAUUAGUUGUAAUUGUAAUUGUAGUUAUAAGAGAUAAAUUAUAAAAUUUAAAAAAAAGUAAGUUUCAGUAAAGAAAGAGAAUUAUUCCUCUCCCAAUGUAGGUACUAAAAAUAGCACUAGGAAAUAUUAGAUUUAAAAAGAAAUAAUUUAAGUGUCAUCAAAUUGUUGAAUAAUUCAAAAAUAUUAGAAAUAAUAUCAAACAUUUAAAUAUCCGUAACUUGGUUACUUUUGAACAUUAAAAGUUAGUUUAACCAUUAAAAUUAAUAAUAAAAAAAAAAAAAAAUAAUAAUAAUAAUAAUAAAGAGUUAAAAUAAUUACCUAAUUCCUGUAAUAUACACAUGUUUACAUUUAUUUAUUUAAAUUCAUAAUAUUUAGAGGGAUGGUUGGAGAGCUCGGGAUGAUGUAGAUAUGGAGCGAGCUCUAAGACCAGGUGCUCCAGAUGUGGUCCGAUCUACUAUGAAUAAGACUGAACCUGCAAAAUUUAGUGCAGAAACCAUAGAUAGUAUAUUAGGAACACCUAGUAAAAUAUGUAUACCAGAACGAUAUAUCCCAGAAUCAGCUCCAGUAUCUCCAGACGAACGUAAAAAGAGAAUGCACAAAGCUGAAGCUAUCAGAAAAAUGUUGUCAGAAUCUACUCCUAUACUUACUACAGGUAAGACAUUUUUUUUUAUUUAUCUUCAAUUAUUAUUAUCAAAUAUGAGUAUUUUGUUUAAUUAUUUAUAGAAGGAGAAAAUGAUGAGCACACAGUCAUUGGUAGAAAGAAGAUGAUUGAAGAAAAAAAACAAAGAGAUCAUUUAUUACAAUUAAACCAAAUAUUAGCUCAACAAGUUAUGGAGAAAAGUAAAGCAGUUGCAUGUAAGUUAAAUUUUGUUAAAAUUGUGUUUUAUAAAUGCAUGGGCUUUAUAUGUUAUUUUGAUUUUUGUUUUGUGUUUUUAUUUACCCUGCUUGAGUAGUCACACAUUUUGUUGUAGGUGCAAGUCCCACAAAUACUAGAGACUGAUAAAAUAGCAUGAAGGUGUGUUUAAUGUUUGUUUAUUUAAAGUGGUUUUUAAUACAUAUAUACAUAUAUAUGUAAAAAAACAAAUAAAAUAAUUAAUAUCCUUUUAUUUUUUAAUAAAUUAUUUAUAGUGAAUGCUAUGGCUCAAGUGGGUAAUAUAAAUUGGCGGUCAACAGAAGAAGAUGAACGUGAACUGUCACCUGAAGAACCCCUUCCAUUAUAUCAACAAAGAGAAAAUUUUUAUUCUUAAAACAAUAUUUAGGUUGUGUUGCCUGGAAUUUUUAGGUUGUAUAAUGUAGAUAAAGAAUUAGACUAUAUUGAACUGUUGAAAAUCUUUUUUAAAUAUUUAAAUUUUUGUUGCAUAAUUUUAUUAAUUGAUGUUUUAAUAAUGUGUAAAAUAAUUAGGCAAAAAGUAUUGUAACUUGAUACAUUAAUUUAUUAAUUUUGUGAAUAGCAAAUGUGUUUGUUUAAUAUUUUCUUAAUGAAUUAGAUGAAAAAACCGUUUUAUUUUUUAUUUAAUAAAAAAAUUAUCAUAUAUAUAUAUGUAUGUAUAAAAAAUAAACAAAUUGUUACUUCAACUGUAUUAAAAAUAUAUUUUAAAGAAUUAUUAUAAUCAAAACAUGUUCCUUAUUCUCAACUAAUUGUGCCAAUAUUGAAGUGCAACUAAUAUUUUAGAAGUUAUUGUUUAAUAUAUUUAUGUAUAUUUCAUAUUUAAUGUAUUGAUAGGAUAUAUUUAUUUUAUUGUACCUUAGGUAGACAUUUUUAUGAAUAAACAUGAAAAACAUGC